CAUGCGCACUCCGGGCUCCUGCGCUAUCAGGAACAUGGCAGCGUCCUGAGCGUUGUGGGGGGAAUACGGCGUAAUUGAACACCUUCAGACAGCAAGCAUCAGACUGGGAAAACUGAAAAGCACCAGCUACACCCAGAGAGGAGGGUGGGGGGCUGAGGGACCGCUACGCUAGACACCCCUUAGCUAUUUUGCAGGUCCUGUGAAAAGAUGAACGUCGUCAAGGACAACAAAGAUCUGGCCUGUUUCUACACCACCAAACACUCCUGGAGGGGGAAGUACAAGCGAGUAUUCUCCGUGGGCACCCAUGGCAUUACAACUUACAAUCCUACAACAUUAGAAGUAACAAAUCAGUGGCCUUAUGGGGACAUCUGCGGCAUCUGUCCCGUGGGGAAGGGACAGGGGACAGAGUUCAACCUCACAUUCCGAAAAGGCACAAGCAAGAAGUCUGAAACACUCAAGUUCUCCACAGAGCACCGCACAGAGCUGCUCACAGAAGCACUGAGAUUCAGAACAGAAUUUUCAGAAGGAAAAAUAACUGGCAGGCGAUACAACUGCUACAAACAUCAUUGGAGUGACACGCGAAAGUCUGUGAAUUUAGAAGUAACACCAGGCGGAAUUGACCAGAUUGAUCCUCAGACCAACAGAGUGGUCUGCUCUUAUGAUUACCGGAAUAUUGAGGGCUUUGUGGAGGUGUCCGAUUACCAAGGAGGGUUCUGCAUCCUUCAUGGAGGCUUCAGCAGGCUUCAUCUGUUUGCCUCAGAGCACAGAGAUGACAUCAUCCGCAGCGCCAUAGAACAUGCAGGGAAUUUUAUUGGCAUCACGCUCCGUCUGAGAAAGGAGUCCCUGACCUUUGAAGACUUUCUGACUGACAGACUGGGGAAGUACAGCUCAGACGAGAGCAUUACGUCUCUGGCAGAGUUUGUAGUUCAGAAGAUCACCCCGCGCCAUCCAGAGCCUGUGAAACGUAUCUUGGCCCUAACAGAAACAUGUUUAGUGGAGAGAGACCCAGCGUCUUAUAACAUUGUUACAGUUAAACCAUUUGGAGAGGUAUUUGCACUUAUUUGCGAUGUUGACAACCCUCAGGUUUUUACGGUUGAAUUUAUCAGAGGACAGAUUAGGAGGUUCUCCUCCACAGAAAGGGACUCCUUAUUAGCUAGCCUGCUUGACGGAGUACGUGCAUCAGGCAACAGGGAUGUGUGUGUCAAGAUGGCCCCCACCCAGCGGGGACAGAGAUGGGGGCUCCUGAGCAUGCCUGUGGACGAGGAGGUGGAGAGCUUACAUCUUAGGUUCCUGGCAGCACCACCCAAUGGCAACUUUGCUGAUGCUGUGUUUCGCUUCAACGCCAACAUAUCAUACAGUGGAGUUUUACACGCUGUGACACAAGAUGGCCUGUUCUCUGAGAACAAAGAGAAGCUCAUAAACAAUGCCAUCCUAGCCCUUCUGUCCCAAGAGGCGGAGUUACCUGCUGUCAACAGUGAGCUGGAGAGCCACUUCCAGGCCAUCCGACGCCUAGUGGCCUCUAAAGCUGGGUUCCAGGCCUUCACACAGCUCCCUAAGUCUGGUCAUGGGUCUGGACUCUCAGAUGGAACAUUUAGGGAAAAACUGGGAGUGAAGACAGUAAAAGCUUUAAAAAGGAACAACAAUGGUGUGACCCAUGCUGCUAUUGACAUGCUCUGUGCACUUAUGUGUCCAAUGCAUGACGACUAUGAUCUGAGGCAAGAACAGUUAAACAAAGCUUCCCUCCUGUCCUCAAAGAAGUUCCUGGAAAAUCUUCUGGAAAAAUUCAUCACUAAUGUGGACCAUGGAACAGGAGCUUUGGUCAUCAGCUCUUUACUUGACUUCCUGACCUUUGCCCUCUGCGCACCGUACAGUGAAACCACUGAAGGACAGCAAUUUGACAUGCUGCUUGAGAUGGUCGCCUCCAAUGGACGCACUUUAUUUAAACUUUUUCAGCACCCCUCUAUGGCCAUAGUGAAAGGAGCAGGCCUGGUGAUGAAGGCCAUUAUUGAGGAGGGGGACAAAGAAAUUGCUACAAAGAUGCAGGAGCUGGCCCUAAGUGAAGGAGCUCUGCCCAGACAUUUGCACACGUCACUGUUUACUGUCAGCACUGACCAGAGAAUGCUUACAAACAGGCAGCUGAGUCGUCAUUUAGUUGGUUUGUGGACAGCGGAAAACCCUGUUGCAAUGAACCUGUUGAAAAGAAUACUUCCAACAGGGUUACUGGCUUAUCUUGACAGUGCCGACACUGUUCCAGAAAAAGAUGUUGAUAGAAUGCACAUUCGAGACAACUUGAAACUUGCCACGGACCAGCUAAAUCGUAACAAGGUGCCUGAAUGGCAGCGGAUAGCAGGAAAAGCAGCCAAAGAGGUAGAAAAGUUUGCCAAGGAGAAGGCAGAUCUAGUGCUGAUGCACUGGAGAGAUAAGAUGGGCAUCGCUCAGAAGGAGCAGGACAGAAAUAACUUGAAUCCCAACCAGAAACCAGUGAUCUUAAGGAAGAGAAGACAGCGGAUAAAAAUCGAAUCAAACUGGGAGCUGUUUUACUACAGAUUUCAACUUGACCAUGCACGCUCUAACCUCAUCUGGAACCUUAAGACCCGGGAGGAGCUGCGGGAGGCUCUGGAGGGGGAGAUGCGAGCGUUUGGCGUGGACCGGGAGCUUGGCAGUGCCACUGUCAUUUCCUGGAACCACCAGGAGUUUGAGGUAAAAUAUGACUGCCUUUCGGACGAGAUCAAGAUCGGUGAUUACUACCUGCGACUGCUUUUGGAGGAAGAUGAAAAUGAGGAGACGAGUGCCAUCAAGAGAUCAUAUGAGUUCUUCAAUGAGCUUUACCAUCGCUUUCUGCUCACGCCCAAAGUCACCAUGAAGUGCCUAUGCCUGCAGGCUCUUGCAAUAGUCUAUGGAAAAUGCUAUGAAGAGAUUGGUCCAUUCACUGACACUAAAUAUAUUGUGGGGAUGCUGGAUCGAUGUACUGACAAACUGGAAAGAGAUAGACUCAUCCUCUUUCUCAACAAGCUUAUUCUGAACAAGAAAAAUGUGAAAGAGGUAAUGGACUCAAAUGGAGUGCGCAUUUUGGUGGAUCUGCUGACUCUGGCCCAUCUCCACACCAGUCGAGCAACCGUCCCCCUGCAGAGUAAUGUUCUGGAAGCUUCACCCGACAUGAGAAGGGACAGUGAAAAAGAGUGGUACUUUGGUAAUGCUGACAAAGAACGAAGAGGACCUUUUGGUUUUGAAGAGAUGCAUGAGUUUUGGAACACAGGUGUCCUGACUGCAAAAACUCGCUGCUGGGCCCAGGGGAUGGAUGGGUGGCGCCCUCUGCAGGCCAUCCCACAGCUGAAGUGGUGUUUGCUGGCCAGCGGACAGGCUGUGAUGAAUGAGUCUGAUCUGGCCACACUCAUCCUGAACAUGCUCAUAACCAUGUGCUCCUACUACCCCAGCAGAGACCAAGAUAAUGCAAUUAUUCGGCCCUUGCCAAAAAUUAAGAGGUUGAUUAGUGACAAUGCCUGUUUACCCCACAUUGUGCAGCUUUUGUUGACCUUUGACCCAAUUUUGGUGGAGAAAGUUGCCAAUGUCCUGUAUCUGGUGAUGCAGGACAAUCCCAAUCUGCAGCGUCUCUAUUUGACUGGAAUUUUCUUCUUUAUUAUGAUGUAUACAGGCUCAAAUGUUCUGCCAGUUGCAAGAUUCCUGAAAUAUACCCACCUGAAGCAAGCCUUCAGAUCAGAGGAGGCUAAAGGUCAGGAUAUAGUUCAGCGCAGUGUGCUGGGCUCCAUCCUUCCCGAAGCCAUGGUUUGCUACCUGGAAAAUUAUGAGGCUGAGCGCUUCUCUGAGAUCUUUCUUGGAGAGUUUGAUACUCCUGAGGCCAUUUGGAGCAGUGAGAUGAGGCGUAUGAUGAUAGAGAAGAUUGCUGCUCACGUGGCUGACUUCAGUCCCAGGCUGCAGAGCAACACUCGGGCCCUGUACCAGUAUUGUCCUAUUCCAGUCAUCAGCUUCCCUCAGCUGGACAAUGAGCUGUUCUGUAACAUCUACUACCUCAGACAUCUGUGUGACACAACCCGCUUCCCCAACUGGCCUAUUCGUGAUGCUGUGAAACUGCUUAAAGAUACACUUGAAGCCUGGAAGAAAGAAGUGGAGAAAAAACCUCCCUCCAUGUCUGUAGAUGAUGCAUAUGAGGUCCUCAAUCUCCCCAAAGGACAGGGACAGCAUGAGGAGAGUAAAAUCAGGAAAGCCUACUUCAGAUUGGCACAGAAAUACCAUCCAGAUAAGAACCCAGAGGGAAGGGACAUGUUCGAGAAAGUUAACAAAGCUUAUGAGUUCCUUUGUACAAAAUCUGCACGAGUGAUUGAUGGACCGGACCCAGAAAACAUCAUUCUCAUCCUGAAAACGCAGAGCAUCCUUUUCAAUCACCACAAACAAGAACUGGAGCCUUAUAAAUAUGCAGGUUACCCCAUGCUUAUUAAAACCAUCAAAAUGGAGACUGAUGAUGAUCAGCUCUUCUCUAAGACCUCACCUCUGCUCCCGGCCGCAGCUGAACUGGCCUUUCACACGGUCAACUGUUCAGCACUGAAUGCAGAGGAGCUAAGGCGUGAGAACGGCAUUGAGAUUUUAUUAGAAGCUUUGUCCCGUUGUGUUGCUGUACUGACAGCGUCAAGCAAACCUGAUGACAUGGCUGUGCAGGUGUGCGGGCACAUCUGUAAGUGCUACAGUGUAGCAGCUCAGUUUGAAGAGUGCAGGGAAAAGAUCAUUGAACAACCCAACAUCAUCAGAGACAUCUGCCACAUCCUCUACCAUGGGAAGGGUCUUCCCAAAACAGCCACCUUGGCAGUCCAGUGUGUCAGCUCUUUUGCAGUGGACUUCUUCCUACAGACGCAUCUGUACCAUGCAGGUGUGCUUUGGCAUCUGUUGGUUAAUCUCUUCAACUAUGACUACACUCUGGAGGAGAGCGGAGUACAGGCCAGUCAGGACACAAACCAACAGGAAGUAGCCAACAGCCUGGCCAAGCUCAGCCUGAUCGCACUGAGCCGCCUGGGAGGCUAUAACCCCGCAGCCCACAGCCCAGACGGGAACAGCCCUGUCCCAGAGACCAAUGGCAUAGAGGGCACACCACCAGAAAACCCAACCAUACGCAAGAGUUUAGCUGCUAUGCUCACACCGUAUAUCUCCCGGAAGCUGGGGACAGGCACUGCCGCUGAGGUCUUAAAACUACUUAAUAGUAACUCAGAAAACCCCUACCUGAUUUGGAACAAUUGCACACGAGCUGAACUGAUGGAGUUUCUGGAGUCUCAGCAGGAGGGGAACAUCAAGAGGGGAGAAAAUGAUAAACACUUUGGUGCAGACUUUGUCUUUGGUGACCACAGUAAAGAGCUGAUAGUGGGGGAGAUUUUUGUGCGGGUUUACAAUGAACAACCAACAUUCCCUCUUGAAUACCCUAAAGCCUUUGCAGCCAGUCUCUUGGACUAUGUGGGCUCUCAAGCCCAGUAUCUGCACACUCUAUUAGCCAUGAGCCAGAGCAACAAAGUUGAGUCCCAGCAGCACGCUGAGAGGCUACGCUUUGCUGAAAUGGCCUUAGAGGCUCUCCGCAAUGUCAUCAAGAACAACCCAGGAUCAGAAACCGAAUGCAUUGGGCAUUUCAAACUGCUCUUCUCUCUGCUGCGAGUUCAUGGAGCUGGCAGGGUCCAGCAGCUUGUUUUGGAGGUUGUAAAUACAGUAACUUCAAAUCAAGAAUGUGUGACCAACAUUGCUGAGUCUCUCGUAUUGUCCAAUCUUCUAUUGCUGCUACACUCAUUACCUUCCAGCAGGCAAAUGGUGCUGGAAACUCUUUAUGCACUUACUUCAAACACAAAGAUUGUCAAAGAGGCUAUGGCCAAAGGUGCUUUGAUCUACCUGUUAGAUCUCUUCUGUAACUGCACUCACCCCCAGGUCCGCACACAAACAGCGGAAUUAUUCUCCAAGAUGACCUCAGACAAGCUUGUCGGGCCUAAAGUUCGUCUAACCCUGAUGCGCUUCCUCCCUGGCGUCUUCAUGGAUGCUAUGCGGGACAAUGCAGAGGCUGCGGUGCACAUAUUUGAGGGGACACAUGAGAACCCUGAGCUCAUCUGGAAUGACAGCUCCAGGGAGACUGUGUCCACCACUGUCAGAGAAAUGAUGCUUGAACACUUUAAACAGCAAAAGGACAACCCUGAUGUGAACUGGAGAUUGCCAGAGGAUUUCACUGUUGCAUAUGGGGCAGGACAGGGAGAACUUGAGGUUGGUGGAGUGUUCCUGCGUAUCUUUAUAGCUCAGCCGGGCUGGGUCUUACGUAAGCCUCGCGAGUUCCUGGUGUCCCUCUUGGAGACUCUGACAGAGCUGCUGGAGAAAAAUAACCCAAAUGGUGAAGCAUUGGAGACCGUCACCACAGCAGCAGUUUGCCUUUUUAGUACUCAGACCCAGUUGGCGGAUCAGGUGCCUCCACUGGGCCACCUCCCUCGCAUCCUGGCUGCACUGAAGCACAAGAACAAUGCGGUGCCCAAAAGCUCCAUCCGCCUUAUUCAUGUGUUAUCAGACAAUGAGCUCUGUGUACGUUCUAUGUCAGCCCUGGAGACUAUUGGACCCUUAAUGGCUGGUAUGAAGUCCAGAGCCGAUAUGGCUGGGUUGGCAUGUGAAGCUCUCAAUCGCAUGUUUCAGAAAGAACAAACUGAACUUGUGGCACAGGCUCUACGAGUAGACUUGGUGCCAUACCUUUUGAAAUUGUUGGAAGGAAUUGGUCUGGAGACAUUAGAUAACCCUUCAGCGACUAAGGCACAGAUUGUAAAGGCGCUUAAGUCCAUGACCCGUAGUCUGCAGUAUGGAGAGCAGGUUAACGAAAUUCUUGCAAAGUCCUCGGUCUGGAGUGCUUUCAAAGACCAGAAACACGAUCUCUUCAUCUCAGAUUCUCAAACUGCUGGAUACCUGACAGGUCCUGGAGUAGCAGGCUAUCUCACAGCUGGCACUGGCUCUACAGUUAUGUCCAGCGUUCCUCCCCCUGUGGACCACGACAUAGCAGACCAAGGCUGAUGGACACGUCCCAGUGGAACACACUCAGGCACCGGACUGCCUCCCCGCCAAAGCUCCAGGGACCGAGGACCCCACCAUGAGGAGGUGGAGACAGAACCAGAGGAGAGCAGGACUUGGACUACUGUGACAACCUCCUCUGCUGUCCCACUCCUCUCAGCCUUUCCAAAUGGCACUCAUGUCUUCAAAACAAAUCCUUUUAACAGUUGUUCUUGUUUAAUUUGAUUUUCUUGUUUAUCCCAAUGACACACAAAAGAGUUUACUUUUUUGUAUCAAUAUAUUUUUUACUCUAGAUUCUUUUUCCAUUAAAACACAUUUUGGGAGAGUAAAUGAUCAUUGGCCAAUCACUCUCCUAACUGUGUGAACUUGGCCUCACAUCUGUGUAUCGGACCUAUUUGCCAACAGUAUAAAUAGUCUAGAAAAUUGAAUGGAAGGUGAAGAAUAAAAUGUGCCCUGCUCUUCUAAGGACUUUGAACCCUUGGUUGUGUGGCUCAUGUGUAGGGUCAGUCCACCAAAUAGCUUUUUUAAUUAAACCAUUCUCUGCUCUCUUUAAAGGCUAUCUACCUGCCUCAAUUUUAAAAUAACUUUCCUCUCCCGAAUGCAGAAAGCACUAGAAUAUUUAAGUGAUUAAUAAUAACAAUUUAUCAACGGAAAUGCUUCUGCUGAUACAGGACAAAUGAUGUUGAAUCCAUGUGAAAGACUAGUGCAAUUUGUGUUCAAUGUAAUAUUGCUUAUAUAUACUUUCUAUAUGAAUGUACAUUAAAAAUAAAUCAAACACACCUGUACAUAAAAUUUUAAGAAUAAAAGGGAACUCACAGUG